AUGGACGGGACUAUAUCCGCACUCCUGCUACUACCUCGACCUCCUUCUACACUUUCUUCCCCUAAUGCAAGAGCUGCUUACAGACCCGCUAUUGAACAGGCUCUGAAACACGUCAAUGCUACCAAAACCUCUCGCUUAGAUAUAGCGAUAUCAGUACCACCAUCCUGGCUUGAUGGGCAGGAACCGCCGAGGACAGAUGCAUUUGAGAGGGCACAGAAGGCACUGGCCCAGACUUACAGCCUGAUCUGUGCCACAGCGGCCAGCCAACAGAUAGAGCUUGAUUGCCUGGGUGGUGUUGAUGUUCGUGCCUUUUACCUCCUUUCAGCACCGGAACCAGCCGGAGAGCUGGCGGAUGGACAAGGUGCUGAAAAGCCAUUUUCGGGUCCAUUUGUCGAUCUUCCCACUCUCGUCGAGUCUCGGUGUGCCUAUGAGACCUUGCUAGGCGUUCAGAGCGAGGAAGGUGAGAGGCUUCUUAAAUCGUUCCUGGUCUUCCACCAGUCAAAGCAUCGACAAAGUCCAGAUUGCCAAAGAGUGCCUGGUGGUAUCUCCAUCUCACAAUCUUCCAAUGCUUCUCCGGCUACACCAACCUCAGAUAAAGCACAUACCUCAGUAGCUGUCGGCGGCACCUUCGAUCACCUGCAUGUUGGUCACAAGCUGUUGCUCACCGCAACUGCACUGCUGGCAGAACCGAAAGGCAGCCAGAGAAAUCCAUCGCAGCGAGUGCACCUUAUCAUUGGGAUUUCAGGCCACAACCUAUUGACCAACAAACGGUUUGCAGCAGAGUUGGAAAAUUGGGAUGAGCGACAGCGGAGAGUAGCUGACUUUCUCGAAUCAGUCAUUGUCUUUUCUACUCCCCGCAGAGAAUCCCGAAAACUGGUGCGAAUCAACGAGCACAGUUCCACUGCCAAGUAUGUCCGAGUCGAAUUCGAUGCUAGCCUCACGAUCGACUACAUAGAAUUGGAAGAUCCCUUUGGUCCAACAAUCUCGGAUGAGGCGCUGUCCGCGUUGGUUGUGUCGCAAGAAACAAGAGCUGGCGGGGCCGCCAUCAAUGCAAAGCGUCAAGAGAAAGGUUGGACACCAUUGGACAUCUUCGAAAUCGAUGUACUGGAGGUCACUCCUAUGGGCGUGGAACCGAGUGUCACCGAAUCGAGCCCUGCAGCCGCCUUCGAAUCCAAGAUCAGCAGCACCGAAAUCAGACGACGCAUACAUGAGAACAAAACCUAA